AAAAAAAAAACUCUCUCCUCUCCUAACCCUAACAGAGGCGGCGGCGGCGGCGUGCCGGUGCGGCGCUCGGCGCACCCGCUCCCGGCACCUAGGCGUUCGGCGCACGCCACGCACCCGCACCCAGGCGCUCGGCGCACGGCUCACCUGCACGGCCACCCCCAGGCGCUCGGCGCUCGGCGCAAGGCGGCACGCGCCACGCGGCACCCAGGCGCUCGGCGGCUUCGGCGCACCCGCACGGCCGCACCCAGGCGCUCGGCGGCUUCGGCGCACCCGCACCCGCACCCAGGCGCGACGCGUACGACUGGUGUGAACCGAUUCGCUAGCAAUGCUCUUUUCCUUCUUCAAAUGUGUGAAAAUAUAGGCAGGUCUAACUUAUAAGAGUCGGUAUUGCUUAAAAACUGAAUUGAUCUUUGGUUGUGGCUAUCAUCAAAUGCCCUAGUGAGAUCGUGUAUUGAACAGGCACACCCUGCUAAAAUCCUGGUUCCACUACCACUAGCCAGGCCAUGGCUGCGGCAGAGGCGUGGGCACGACAGGAGAAAGUGAGGAAGUUCGAGGAGUUCGUGGACCAGCGGUUGAAACCUGACCUUGCUAAUGCCAUCGCACAGCGCGACAAGGUGUUUGAGCAGCAGAAGACCUUCAGCUUGGAUUUGAAGAGGAACAUUGAAAAUUUGGAGAGGAAUGGUGUUACCAGCAUGCGGUCCAUGGUCAACCUAGGCUCGGAGGUGUACAUGCAAGCAGAAGUACCAGAUACAAGACAUAUUUUUGUGGACAUUGGUCUAGGUUUUCAUGUGGAAUUUACUUGGCAAGAAGCUUUACAGUUCAUAUCUGUAAGAGAGGCAAGGUUGACUAGGCAAAUAGAUGAAUACACGCAUCUCAUCGCAAGCAUAAAAGCACAGAUCAAGUUGGUAUGUGAAGGUAUCCGCGAAGUGCUGCAGCUGCCAGCGGAGAAAGAGUUAUCGCCUAGGAAUACGUGGUAGAAUUGGUUCUCACUGUCACUGGGGCAGGGGGUUGGUGUGCCGCUUCCGUUUUUACAUGACAACUACCUGGCUUCAUCUCUGAUGAACUCGUGCAGUUGAAACUAUUGAGGUGUCGAGAGUAACAAUCUCUUUGACGAUACGACGUACUACGACAUUUCUAAAGUCUUCAUUGCGUUGCCUUGGCGAGCUCA